GGCUUAUCUGAUAAUGGUCAUACUGUUAGGGUUUCGUCGUCGGUCGUUUCUCUCUCUCUCUUCCGCUUCAUAUUUCUAGUCUUCGAUGGUCUCUGCUUCAUCAUCGCUCAGCACUUCAUCUCCCAUGGCUCCUUCAUGCGGUCCUUCAAUGGCAUGAAAUUUAUUGAAAUAUUAGAAGGAAAUAACAAAGGGAACAAAGCUUGUGUUCUUAGCAAGUUCUUAGAGGAAUGGCGGUGAGCGGUAGCGGUGGUGGUGUAACGACGGAGGAAUCGGAGGAGCAACAAAAGCGUUCGGAGAUCUACACCUACGAGGCGCCAUGGCACAUCUAUGCCAUGAACUGGAGCGUUCGGCGGGACAAGAAGUAUAGGCUUGCCAUAGCUAGCCUCCUCGAGCAGUACACAAAUCGUGUGGAGAUCGUCCAACUAGACGACUCGACGGGGGAGAUCCGUUCCGACCCCAACCUCUGCUUCGACCACUCGUAUCCUCCUACCAAAACCAUGUUCGUGCCUGAUAGAGAAUGCCUCCGGCCGGACCUUCUAGCUACUUCUGCCGACUUCCUCCGUAUCUGGCGGAUUGCCGACGACUCUUCGCGCGUCGAACUUAAGUCUGUCCUCAACGGCAACAAGAACUCUGAGUUCUGCGGUCCGCUCACCUCUUUCGAUUGGAACGAAACUGAGCCACGCCGCAUCGGGACCUCCUCCAUCGACACCACUUGCACCAUCUGGGACAUCGAGCGGGAAGCAGUUGACACGCAACUUAUCGCCCACGACAAGGAAGUCUAUGACAUCGCGUGGGGCGGCGUCGGCGUCUUCGCCUCUGUAUCGGCGGAUGGGUCAGUCCGCGUCUUUGACCUCCGUGAUAAGGAGCACUCCACCAUUAUCUACGAGUCCUCCGAUCCUCCGGAUACCCCACUUGUUCGUCUCGGGUGGAAUAAGCAGGAUCCGCGCUACAUGGCCACCAUCAUCAUGGACAGUGCUAAGGUCGUCGUCCUUGACAUCCGCUUCCCCACGCUCCCUGUUGUCGAGCUGCAGCGACACCAGGCCAGCAUUAAUGCCAUUGCGUGGGCACCCCACAGCUCUUGCCACAUUUGCACUGCUGGUGAUGACUCCCAGGCGCUCAUUUGGGACCUCUCUUCCAUGGGAAGCACCUCAGCCUCCUCUGGAGGGAAGCAGCAGCAGCCUGCAGCUGAGGGGGGGCUCGAUCCCAUCCUUGCUUAUACUGCAGGAGCUGAGAUCGAGCAGCUGCAAUGGUCGUCCUCUCAGCCAGAUUGGGUCGCUAUUGCCUUCUCCAGUAAGCUGCAGAUACUCAGGGUUUGAUGUCUCCCAUCCUCAGAUCUUAUUUAAUUUCCACCAACCAAUCUACCAUUCCACAAUUUUUUGUUCUUCAUAUCAUGUUGUGUGUGUUGAAUUAGAAGAUUAGUAGAUUAGAAUGAGAAAUGGGAACACUUGAAAGUUAUCUGUAGAGUGUUUCCAGAAUCUCUCUGUGCUAUAUUUACUCUUAUAAUUCUUGUUUAUUUGAAUCUGGACUUGAACUUUGGCUAGUUCAUUUGGGUGAAAAGCCCAAUACUGUUGAUUGUCUUGUGAAGGACAAUCUUCAUUAAAUGCUUUUUCCGUUCAUUUUUAUUGAUAGGUCUGAUAUAUUAUUUCCUUAUCUUCC